AUGGCAAAUAAAAAGAUGGAAAUAUUCUCCCCUCUGGAAGCUGUGCAAAUCUGUGCUGUGCUGGAGGACUGUCUUGAUCAGCUUGCUAUUCUUGGAUAUAUUAUGCCAGUUUCCUAUGAGGGCAGGACAGACAUCAGCAAUAUUGAUGCCCAAGAAAUUAGUGAAAUCGUCAAGAGCCAGAAGGAGUUGGGGGUUAAGUUUGAACAUCUCAUGUCAGCAAGGUCAGAGAACAGGCCAACAGUUCCCUCCGAAUCACUGAAGUUCACAGAACUGGGGCAGCAGCUGCAAGAGACAAGUGGAGAUCUAAAAAGGGCCAAUCAUCUUUUUAGUAGGGCUGCAAAACAGAGUGCUGUGUCCUCCGAUAACCUCAGAAAAGUUCAAGCUGAUAGGCAGUAUGCGAGCGAUGUGAUUGCAGAAACUCUGCAGGAAAUGCAGACUUCAGGAACGUUUCAGAGUCUGCUGCAAGCUGUGCAGAGAGAGGAGGAGAGGAAGACUAACUUCUACACCACCAUCAUCAGGGAGGAGGAAGGAAGGAAGGAGAUAAAGUCCCUCCAGAAAUGGCUGCAAGAUGUCAAGAAAGAAAAGGAAUUAGAACUUCAGAACCGGAACGAGAUGAUUGCAUACCUCAAAGACCAGCUUCAAGAGAUGAAGGCCAAGACAGACAUGGAGAGCCGCUAUGUGAAGAAAGACACAGAGCUCCAGGUCUACCAGACCCAGAAAAAGUGCAGCCACGCAGAGAGUGACCUGUUCAAUGAAAUUGAGACGCUGAGGAUCAAAAAUGAUGAGGAGAUUAGAGUCCACGUGGAGAUUGAAAAUUUCCUCAGGCAACAACAGAUGUGUCACAGUAUGUCUCCCACACAGAAGUUGGAAGAGAAGCUAGAAUACUGGAUGGAGAAGUAUGAAAAGGACACGGAAGCUAAACAGCAAGAACUGAACACUCUAAAAGCAUCCAAGGCAAAUGAUUUAGCAGCACUGCAGGAACUAGCCAAGCAGUGCCAGUUAUUUGAACAAGUCAUCGUCGAGGAUCGGGUGGAAAAGGAGGCAGCAAGAAGGAAGGUAGAGCAGGAUGCGUUGGAAUUAAAGAGCGUCAAGAAGCUACAGGCCUGGUGGAGAGGCACAAUGGUUCGCCAUAACAUCGGCCCCUAUAAGGCCCUCAAGAAGUCUAAAGAGGACGAGCCAAAGGGCAAAGACAAAGGGAAAAAGGGAAAAGCUGGAGCUAAGAAAAAGAAGUGA